AUGGCCAAGCUUAGCAACCUCUCUAUCAAUAUCCCAUUACUUAAAGUGAUCCAAGAGAUCCUGAGAUAUGCUAAGCUUAUGAAGAAAUUGAUGUCAAAGAAGAAGCUUAUCGAAGGUGACACGAUCGAAGUCACCCGUGGUUGUAGUGCUAUCAUGAGUAGCAAAAUUAUGAAAAAGAAGGAAGACCCUAGAGCUUUUACCAUCCCUUGCACCAUUGGAACGCAUAUGUUUUCAAAAGCUAUAUGCAACCCCGGUGUAAAUAUAAACCUCAUGCCUUUUGUCAUUUACAAAAAGCUCAUGUUGGACACCCCAAAUCCAACAUCUAUGAGAAUUUUAAUGGCGGAUCGAUCUAUUAAGAGGCUGGUCAGGAUUUUGUUUGAUGUUCUAGUCAAAGUGGACAUAUUUAUACUUCCAGAAGACCUCAUCAUUUUAAAUUGUGAAAUGGACCAAGAGGUUCCCAUCAUUCUUUCUCAACCUUUCUUAGCCACUGAAAGAGCCACUGUUGACUUUCGGUGA